AUGGACGCCGCGGGCCUUCGUGACCGCAUCCAGGCCACGCUCGACCCGAAUGCUGCCAUCCGCCAGCAAGCUGAGCUCGACCUCAAGCAUGCCGAGGAGCAGCCAGGCUUCACCGACGGCCUGCUGAACGUGUUGCAGCAGGAGCAGGAGCCCGCCAUUCGGUUGUCGACUGUCGUAUAUCUCAAGAACCGCGUCUCCAAGGGCUGGUCGCCCGCCGAGGAGUACAGCCAGGCCAAGCCCAUCCCCGAGGAGGAGAAGGCCUCCUUCCGCGACCGCCUCGUGCCCGUCCUCGUCGCCUCGCCGCCGCAAAUCCGCCUGCAGCUCAUCCCCACCCUGCAGAAGAUCCUGGCCUACGACUUUCCCUCGAAAUGGCCCAACUUCCUCGACAUCACCAUCCAGCUGCUGAACGCCGGCGACAUCGCCUCCGUCUUUGCUGGCGUGCAGUGUCUGCUGGCCAUCUGCAAGAUCUACAGAUUCAAGUCGGGCGAGAACCGCGCGGACUUCGACAAGAUUGUCGCCAUGUCGUUCCCACAGCUGCUCAACAUCGGCAACUCGCUGGCCGGCGAGACGAGCCUGGAGGCUGGCGAGAUUCUCCGCACAGUGCUGAAGGUGUACAAGCACGCGAUCUAUUUUGACCUGCCCGCCUCUCUGCGCGAACAGCAGACCAUGGUUGGGUGGUUAACUCUGUUCCUGACCGUCGUCGGCAAGGAGCCUCCGGAGACAUCCAUGGUCGAGGAUCUCGACGAACGCGAGGUCAACCACUGGUGGAAGGCGAAGAAGUGGUCAUACGCAAAUCUGAACCGUCUCUACGUCAGGUACGGGAACCCAUCAGCGUUGGGCAAGAACAACGAGGUCGAUUAUACCGAGGUCGCCAAGAACUUCAUCGCCAACUUCGCCCCCGAGAUCCUCAAAGUCUAUCUCCAGCAGAUCGAGAAGUGGGUCGGCAAGCAGGUCUGGCUAUCGAAGGCUAGUCUGUACUACACUUUGAAUUUCUUGGACGAGUGCAUCAAGCCCAAGUCCAUGUGGACUCUGCUCAAGCCGCACACCGACAACCUCAUCUCGCAUCUGAUCUUCCCGGUCUUGUGCCAAUCAGACGAGGAUAUUGAGCUGUUCGAUGAGGAGCCGCAGGAGUACCUCCACCGAAAGUUGAAUUUCUACGAGGACGUCACAGCUCCUGAUGUUGCUGCCACAAACUUCCUUGUCACACUCACCAAGAGCCGGAGGAAGCAGACUUUCACCAUUUUGGCCUACAUUAACGAGGUUGUGAACCGUUACGAGGCUGCACCGGAUGGCGAGAAGAACCCGAGAGAGAAGGAAGGUGCGCUGCGCAUGAUCGGAACGCUUUCUGGUGUUAUCCUGGGCAAGAAGAGCCCGAUCGCCGACCAGGUCGAGUACUUCUUCGUGCGCCACGUCUUCCCCGAAUUCCGCAGCUCCCAUGGCUUCCUCCGCGCUCGCGCCUGCGAUACCCUCGAGAAGUUUGAGCAGCUGGAUUUCAAGGACCCCAACAACCUCAUCAUUAUCUACCGUAACAUCCUCGAAUCUAUGGCCGACCCUUGCCUUCCUGUGCGAGUGGCUGCUGCGCUGGCUCUUCAGCCCCUCAUCCGCCAUGAUGUUAUCCGAACCAACAUGAAGACCAACAUCCCCCAGGUUAUGCAGCAGCUCCUCAAGUUGGCCAACGAGGUCGAUGUGGACGCCCUAGCGAACGUCAUGGAGGACUUCGUCGAAGUCUUCGCGCCAGAACUCACUCCGUUCGCCGUUGCGCUUAGUGAGCAGCUUCGCGACACUUACCUCCGCAUCGUCCGCGAGCUCGUGUCUAGAAAUCAAGAGAAGGGUGACGAUAGCGAGUACGGCGACUUUUUGGACGAGAAGAGCAUCACAGCGCUUGGUGUACUUCAAACCAUUGGAACCCUGAUCCUCACGCUAGAGAGCACACCGGACGUCCUCUUACACCUCGAGACUAUUCUCAUGCCUGUGAUCACAAUCACGCUCGAGAACAAGCUCUACGAUUUGUACAACGAGGUCUUCGAGAUCAUUGACAGCUGCACAUUUGCUGCCAAGAGCAUCUCCCCGACCAUGUGGCAAGCUUUCGAGCUCAUCCACAGGACGUUCAAGGCUGGUGCUGAGCUGUACCUUGAAGACAUGUUGCCUGCUCUGGAGAACUUCGUUAACUACGGAACCGAGACUCUUGUGCAGAACCGGGCUUACCUUGACGCCAUGGUCGAUAUGGUUCGCACCAUCUUCAAAGACGACAAGGUCGGAGGCGUCGACCGUAUCUGCGGUUGCAAGCUCGCCGAGAUCAUUAUGCUCAACAUGCGCGGACACGUCGACGAUUACGUUCCAGAGUUCCUUUCGCUUGCUAUGCAAGUCCUGACUAACGACGAGCCCAAGGUUAAGUCUCUCCGCAUCCACCUCAUGGAGGUCAUCAUCAACAGCAUGUACUACAACCCUGCUCUUGCGCUCCAUGUGCUCGAGGCAAACGGCUGGACAAACAAAUUCUUCAGCCUGUGGUUCUCCAGCAUCGACAACUUCACAAGAGUUCAUGAUAAGAAGCUGUGUAUUUCGGCUAUCUGCGCACUUCUGACAAUGAAUGCGCAGAACGUGCCUGUGAGCGUUCAGCAAGGUUGGCCUCGUCUGCUACAGGGUGUUGUGCGACUGUUCCAGACCCUACCUGCUGCUCUGAAGAACCGCGAGGAAGCAAAGAGAGAAGACAACUUCGACUUUGCGAAUGAGUACGAGGAUGACGAGGAAGACGAAGAAUGGGAACAGGAGGCUGACUGGAAUAAUGAAGCUGAUGAAGAGGAGAUCAAGGAUGAGAGUGCCGCUUACCUUGAGUUCCUGAACGAAGAGGCCCAGAAGUUUGGCAGCGUUGAUGAUGACGACGAUGAUGAUGAACUCGAGGAAGAGAGCCUUCUCGAAACUCCUCUCGACAAGGUCGAGCCAUAUGGCAUGUUCAAGCAAGCACUGCUCCAGCUUCAACAAGAGCAGCCCGCGCUGUAUGAGAACCUUACCAAGAACCUCAACGCUGAAGAGCAGCAAGUUGUUCAAGGCGCUGUCCACCAGGCCGAUGUCAUCGUACAGGCCCAGGCUCAGGCUCUUGCUGCCGCUGUCGCUGCCAAUGGCGCCACGAUUCCCCAGCAGUAG